AUGGGAAAUCAGAAGCUGAUGUUUUUAAUUGCCUUUGUGGGUUAUCUGGCGAUUACAAGUGCCCUGCCAGCACCUCAGUUAUUAGCUCCUGCUGCAACCUUGACAGCGAUUCCAGCACCACAUCAAAUUUUAAUACUUACCCCUCAAGCUCAAGUUCAACUUGAGCCAUCGCUCAAAUUCCCAGUUCAGAACUUAGCUCGCAUCGAAAGCCCAAUUGAACAAACAUUACUCUAUGUACCAAGUGAGAAUAUUAUCAGUGCGUAUCCUAAAGUAGAAGGCGUCCAACAGGGCAAACAAUUGAAACAAUUGGAGACUUCAAACAUCACCAAUGUUGUUAACCAAUUCGUUACUGCUGGUCAAACUGUACAAGCCGAAUUACAAGCACUGCAACAACAAUUGUCACAGGGACUUGAAAAUAUCAUCCAACCUGGCCAGAAGAUCGAAGGUAGUCCUGUCGGUGCGGAAGUUCUCAAAUCAGGUGUUCAACUUUUAGAAAUUCCACGUCAAGAAUCUGGUCGUUUCUAUAGCGUUCCAGCACCACAGUUCUACAGCAAUUUCGAAGCUAUCCACGCACCAUUGAGCCCACUAUUCGCCGUUCAACCAAUUUCGGCAAUUCGUGCUAGAAGUGUUGUGCAUCCCGAAGAUAAAGUUGCCCCAAGUGCCCCAGCCCAGGAAAAUGUAGAGAAUUUGGCAAAAAUAGCUGAAGGUGUUGUCCAACAACAGGCUCAAGCUAAUGAAAAUCAAGCAAGAAAUACUGAGACCGCAAGCUUGCCAGUGGAACAAGUACAACAAGCAGACAAUUUCGAUGAUAAAAGCCUGAAGGUCCAAAAAGAGAACGAACAAGCUCCAGCUAACUCACAAUUUGGCAAAUUUUUGGGUUCCAUUGAGAAACGAAUUGACUCACCUGAAAUUCCAGCAUCUGAUGCUAAUGUUGCUGAACUAAAACAAUUAGAUAAUCAAGGUAUUAGCAUUGCCGAAGCAAUUCCAGCUGGAUUAGCUAUUAGUGGUGAAGGUGGAUUAGCACAGGCAAAACCAAUUGCAUCGGCUAUUAGUGGAAAAGAUGGUAUUUCAUAUUCUGCUCCAUCAGGAACAGCUAUUUCUGGAAAAAGUGAUAUUGAAAAGAGCCCCUCACAAACCCUCUAGAUGACCAUCGAUUUAACAUCUUAAUAGCUCUUGCGUCUUAAAACACAAAAAAACAUUAACACACAUUUCCACGAAAUCAUGACUAACAUAUAUGAUCAGUUACCACUGAUCAUCAACAUUUAU